AUGGCUGCCACGAAGCAGGAAAUCAAUUUUACCAGACUUUUAAACCGUUGUGAGGUUAUGUUAGCCGACCAAAACAAUAAUGAUUGGCGGAUAACCAAGUAUGCGAGUGCAUUACAGCAACAGUUAAUUGAUUUGAAAAGAUCUCAGAGUAAGCCCCCUCCUGAUACACUAGCAGAAUACUGUAGAAAGGUUGAAGUAUUGAAAGGUUUAGUAGAAGCAAAACAAAUGCCAACUGUCAGUGAGAAGAUUCUAGUCACAGAUAGAAUACCAUCAGUCACAAGUACCAAUACACAUACUAAAGAAUUACAGAUAUCAGCUAAGUCCAAAUAUAGGAAAGAACAGAAAGAAGAACUAUUUGAAUCUAAAGGUAUUUUGCACUUGAUUAUAAUUUCAUGGAACAAUAACAUGGGAUAUUAUACUGAGGCUGCACUUGCUACAGUCUGUGUAAACAAACAAGAGGAAAAUGAUAUUGAUACGAUUCUACAACAUCAUCAUCAGAUACAAGAAAAAUUAGCUGAUGAAUUGUUAAAUUUAACUAGAAAUUUAAAAGAUAAUAUAAAAGUUUCAAGCAAAAUAGUGGUGGAAGACACAAAGAAAAUUCAAGAUAGUACCAAGUUAUCAGAUGUAAAUUAUUUUAAGUUAAAAGUUGAAAGUGAUAAAUUAGAAAGUCAUACUAAAGCCUGCUCCUGGUGGAUAUGGAUUAUGCUGGUUAUGGUAAUGGUGACUUUCUUAUGGAUGAUUAUGUUUAUGAAAAUGUUCCCUAAAAAGUGA